AUGAGAAGCAUUACACCAUUUUUGUUUCUCUUCUCAGCUUUAAGCUUUCUGUUUUCUGCAACUUCAGAUUCACCCUUUGAAACUUUUCUCCAUUGUCUUUCAAACCAAUCUAGCCCUUCAAUAUCGAAGGCCAUUUACACUCCAAACCACCCCUCAUUCUUCUCUAUCUUGCACAUGCACACACACAAUCACAGAUUUUCUGCACCAACAGCACCAAAACCUCUGGCCAUUGUGACUGCUCUGGAUGAAUCUCACGUGCAAGGCACUGUUGUAUGCGCAAAAAGUAACGGACUUGAGAUAAGGAUCCGAAGUGGUGGCCAUGACUGUGAAGGCCUUUCAUAUGUAUCAGACGUGCCCUUUGUUGUUCUUGACAUGUUUCCUUUGGGAUCAGUUGAUGUGGACAUUGCAGAAGGAACAGCAUGGGUUCAAGCUGGUUCAACACUUGGUCAGCUUUACUAUCACAUUGCUGAGAAAAGUGGUGUUCAUGCUUUCCCUGCUGGGGUGUGCCCUACAGUGGGUGCUGGUGGCCACUUUUCUGGUGGGGGCUAUGGAAAUCUCAUGAGAAAAUAUGGUCUUUCUGUGGAUAAUAUCAUUGAUGCAAAAAUGGUUGAUGUGAAUGGUAAUAUACUUGACAGAAAAACAAUGGGGGAGGAUCAGUUUUGGGCUAUAAGAGGAGGUGGUGGUGGUAGUUUUGGUGUUGUUCUUUCAUGGAAGAUCAAGUUGGUUUCUGUGACCCCAAAAGUGACUGUUUUCAAAGUGAGAAAAACCUUGGAAGAUGGUGCAAGGGAUCUUGUUUACAAGUGGCAAUUGAUUGCCACAAAAUUGCAUGAAGAUAUUUUCAUAAGAGUGAUGCAUGAUGUGGUGCACAGUUCUCAAAAGGGUAAGACUAUAGAGGUCACUUUUAUUGGUUUAUUCUUGGGAAAAAGUGAUGAAAUGUUGAGUUUGUUGAAUGAGAGUUUCCCAGAAUUGGAGUUGAAGAAGAGUGAGUGCAUUGAAAUGCCAUGGAUCAAUUCCACCCUUUAUUGGUAUAAUUACCCAAUAGGGACCCCAAUUGAGGCUUUGCUUGAUGUGCCAAAAGAGCCUCUUUCACAAAGUUUCAAAACCAUGUCAGACUAUGUGAAAAGGCCUGUUCCAAAAAGUGGUCUGAAAUCGAUGUGGGAAUUUAUGAUUAAAAGUGAGAGUGUGAGAAUGGAAUGGAACCCUUAUGGAGGGAAGAUGCAUGAGAUUUCAGCAUCAGAAACUCCAUUCCCUCACAGAGCAGGGAACUUGUUCUUGAUCGAGUACUUAACAUCUUGGGGGGAAGAUGGGGUUGAAGCAAAAAAUCAUUACUUGAAUAUUUCAAAGUCUUUCUAUGAAUUUAUGAGUCCAUUUGUUUCACACUCGCCCAGAGAGGCAUUUCUCAAUUACAGGGACCUUGAUAUAGGUGUCAAUCAUCCGAGUAAUGUAACAAAUGUGGACAUUGCUCAAAGUUUUGGGAGCAAAUAUUUCAAGAACAAUUUUAAGAGAUUAGUGAGAGUGAAAUCUAGGGUUGAUCCCCAUAACUUCUUUAGACAUGAGCAGAGUAUUCCUCCUCUUUUCGGAAAUUUGUAA